AUGGAGCAAUCCAACCUUGAUGAAUUAAAGGAGAGUCUUUCAACCUUGUCUACUUGGAAAAUGGAAAGGAGGAGCAUCACGAUCUACUAUGGAUAUGUCACGUUUGUCAUUUGUUUGUUGUUCAUAAUAUUACUUCCCAGAUGGAAUAAGAUAUCUAACUAUUUAUAUUACAAAUUCUUGAAAGUUAACAGAUUUUUCAAAUUGAAUCUAGAAUCUUCGUUUUUAAGAGUGAACCCAAUGUCGGCACAGAUGAUAAUAUUCUGGUCUAUAGUAUUGUCAAUUCUAUCACUUGUACAAACGAGAUGGGAUAUCCGGUUUAUUGCUGCCAGGUUGGGCCGGGUACCUGUUUACUGCUUGCCCACUGUUUUAUUUUUAACGUUAAGGCCGUCACCUCUUCCAGGAGUGCUUUACCUUGCACUUCUACCAAUACACAAAUGGUUAUCCCGUAUUGUGAUAUUGCAAAGUCUACUGCAUACUUUAGUCUAUUUAUUCAUUAUGACAAAGUCCAACACAUUGUGGAAAUUGCUAAGAGCGGAUAACUUUUUUGGGAUAGUUGCAAUGCUGGCGUUCCUUACAAUCAUGUUUACAUCAUUGCCAUUUAUCAGGAGGAAGUUUUUCAAUUUCUUUUUCAUUAACCACUAUUUAUGUACAUGGAUUGUAACUCUGACACUAUAUUUUCAUGUUAGACCGGGGAUACCAUAUUUGACAUUACUCAAUUGUUUUAUCUUGAUCUACCAAAUAUACUAUAAGUUUAAAAUUUCUUCAAUUACCGAACUGACAGUUUCUAAGAUUUCGGACCAUAUGGUGGUGGUUGAUAUUCCAAAUGACAAGAUAAAAGUAAAAUGUAACAUUCCCGGCUCCCAUAUUAGAUUGAUAGAUUAUGAUGAUAGUAAAUGGAAGAUCACAAAUUACUUGAAACUUAUAACAAUUCCAAUUCAACAUCCAUACACCCUUGCAUCUUUACCAUCAGAUAAAUCUCAGAAGCUAAUUGUUAGAGAAGGUAAGUAUAGAUUAAAGGAUAAGCACCAAUAUUUGGUUACAGGCUCAUACCAGCCACAUCUUGCAUUUGUCGAACCAUACCCAAAAUUAAAGAAUACCCCGAUGAGCAGCAAUUUAAAUACUCUUUUGUUUCAAACUAAAGUGAAGAAGUGCUUGAUUGUUGUAGGUGGUUCAGCAGUUAGCUUUGCUCUACCUAUCCUAAGAGUUCUAAAUUAUAACGGUUCGAUGGUUAAGAUUAUUUGGGUUAUUAGGGACCACGAGGAUUUAAAAGUUUUGGAUUAUUUCAAAACGUAUUUGGUUAACGAUGACUGCAUUGAUAUUUUUAUUACAGGUAACUAUACUCUUUCUGAGAAAAUCAAUUUCAAGGAUGCACUUAACGAAUUGCAUCGGAAGAAACGGGAACUGGAAUUGAAACAAGAGACGGAGAUUUUGAGUGGCGGCUAUUCGUUCUACAGCAACAAUAAUAAUAGUGCACCAGAGAUCCAUUCAACUUUUGAAAAUAAAGCUUUAUCUCCAUGGUGUAGUCCAUGCUCAGAUCACCAAAUAGAGCACUUAACCGAUAAUGAAGCUUUACCUCUACUUAGUAAACCGGCUUCAUCAUAUGGUCUAUCAACAUUCCAGAGCAGCUCUCUUCCUAAAAAUAGAAAGAGUUGUAUAGAGUUGAGAAGUCACAAUAUCAAUUCUUCAACGUCUUACAAUACAGAGACCAUUGACAUUGAGCUAAAUGAGGCAGAAAUAUAUAGAGAGAAUGCUCCCAUUAUUCCAGCUAAUUUUUUAUCUUCGCCUUCUGCUGGCGUUGACCAGAUUGAUAACGAGAAUGACUUACUUGAUGCACGACACAAAAAUAUAUCAGAACCCCACGUUUCUUCAGGAACGGCUACUAAAACAAAAAAAUUAUCUGCUAUUCUUGCAAAACUAAAUUCCAAGAGUGGAGAGAAUAAGCUCAAUAGCUCGAAGAAAUGGACAAGUUCUAUUAAUCAGAAACUUCUUUGUAGAAGUGGCUCCACAGCGACAUCGUCUGCACUAUAUGAUGAUUUGGAAGAUUAUUGGGUUUUGAAAAAUUCUUACUCUAGGAUAGAAUUCGGUAGACCAAAAUUGGGACUAUAUUAUUACAGUUGGUGUAUUGGGUCUUCAUGUAACGGCCCGCUAGUCAGCUUACAAAGUGGAGAGUCGGUCUGUUAUAACAUCAAAGAUGAUCCACAAUCUGCAUACAAUGAUCAACUCAAUGAACUAUACUCCAAUGCUACUUUUCUUGCCAAUAAGAAGGCAAGACUGAAUGAAAAAGGCGGCAAGCCAGAUGAGGAGAUUCUUAUUAUUGGUGCUGGCCCUAAUGGUUUGGUUGAUAAUGUCAGGCUCUGGGCCAAUGAUUGUGGAUUUAGUUAUCACGAAGAAAGCUUCAGUGUUUAA